AUGAGUUACAGCUCUGACGACGAUCGCCCUCUUGCGAGGGCCAACGGCCAUAGACUCUCCUCGUCCAAGAUUUCUCGUGCCGAAGAUGAUGCUCUGGAUCAGCCAGUGUCCAAGCAGGCUGCUAAGAUGGCUGGUCUGUCCGUUCGCAAUGGUCCUCUUGAAGACGCAAUGGACAUCGAUGAACCGGCUACCAACGGAGCUAGCAAACGUAAAUCGCGUACCUCUAUCAGCAAGGUCAACUACAAGGACGAUGAGUCGAGUGAUGAUGCUGCCCCUCUGGCCAAGCGGCAAAAGAAGCAAGCCAACAGAGUUCCCGAAUCCGACUCCGACUCCGACGAUGAACCCAUUGCAAGAGCCCGAGGAAAGAAACUCCCCCCUUCCUACGACGAGACUGCCUUGCCCGAGUCCUCUGGAGACGACGACGAGCCCCUUAGUGUGAAGCUCGCGCAAAAGAAGCGCGACAUGGAGAAGGAAGCUGAGAAGCAAGCCAAAGUCAUACGAGCCAAAGAAAGAGCCAAGAAGCCUGCGGCAAAGAACGCUGUCAAGGAUGAGUCCGACGACGAUGUCCCACUUGCAAAAUCCUCAGCGAGUAAGCGUCGAUCUAACGGAACUGCUGCGAAGCGAAAGUCGAAUGGUGUCAAGAAAGAGGAGUCAGAUUCGGAUGCGCCCAUCUCCAAGAAGGCCAAGGCUAAACCGACCUCAUCUGCCAAGAAGGCCGUCAAGGCAGAAUCCAAGAAGGCCAGUGAGAGUGAGGACGAAGAUGAGUAUGCUUGGUGGAACGCACCAAAGAAGGAAAAUGAUGAUAUCAAGUGGACAACUCUUGAGCACAAUGGCGUUCUUUUCCCGCCUGACUACGAGCCUUUGCCCAAGCACGUCAAGAUGCUCUACGAUGGACAACCAGUUACUCUUGCUCCCGAGGUUGAAGAGGUUGCCACCUUUUGGGUUGCCAUGAUGACUCCUGCAUCCUCCCAUCACCUAGAGAACCCUGUUUUCCGCAAAAACUUCUUCGAAGAUUUUAAAGAAUACUGCGACAAGUACGGUGUUAGAGAUGCACAGGGAAAGAAGGUCGCCGUCAAAUCGCUCGAAAAAUGUAACUUCGAUAAGAUUUACGCAUAUUGGAGCGAGAAGGUGGAGCAAAACAAGUCCAAAAACAUGACCAAGGAGGAGAGGGAGGCUGCGAAGGCGAAGAAGGAUGCCCUUGAAGCCCCCUUCACUCACUGUUUAUGGGAUGGUAGAAAGCAGAAGGUUGGCAACUUCAGAGUCGAGCCUCCCAGCUUGUUCCGUGGACGUGGUGAACAUCCCAAAACCGGCAAAGUCAAGCAGCGUGUCCAACCCGAACAAAUCACCAUCAACAUCGGCAAGGGUGCCAAGGUCCCCGAACCUCCCAAGGGACACAAGUGGAAGGCCGUGCAGCACGACCAAAAGGCAACCUGGUUAGCCAUGUGGCAGGAAAAUAUCAACCAAAACUACAAGUACGUCAUGCUUGGAGCUGAUAGCGAUAUCAAAGGCCAGAGUGACUUCAAGAAGUUUGAGAAGGCACGGGAACUCAAAAAGCACAUCGACAGGAUUCGCAAGGACUACACCAAGGAGCUUAAGAGUGAAAUAAUGGCAGAUCGUCAACGAGCCACUGCCAUGUAUCUGAUCGACAAAAUGGCACUUCGAGCUGGUAACGAGAAAGACACAGAAAACGAGGCCGACACUGUGGGUUGCUGCUCUCUCAAGUACGAGCAUAUCACACUUGAACCUCCAAACAAGGUUACAUUCGAUUUCCUCGGAAAGGACAGUAUUCCGUACAGGGAAACUGCCAUUGUUGAGCCUCAGGUCUUCAAGAACCUGAAGCUUUUCAAGAAGGCGCCCAAGACUACAGGAGAUGAUCUCUUCGACCGCCUCAACACGGCUCAGCUGAAUAGGCAUUUGACCGGCUACAUGAAAGGUCUGACCGCCAAGGUUUUCCGUACCUACAACGCUUCCUGGACAAUGUCAGAACUGCUCAGGAAGCUCGCUUCGGAUCCUCGCUCCCGCGGCACAGUUGCUGAAAAAGUAAAGCUGUACAACGACUGCAACCGCGAGGUUGCCGUUCUGUGCAACCAUAAGCGAACCGUUGGUGCUGGGCACGAGCAGCAAAUGGCCAAGCUUGGUGACAGAAUUAAAGGCCUCCGCUACCAGCAAUGGCGUACAAAGAUGAUGAUUCUCGAUAUUGAAUCUAGUUACAAGAAGAAGAAGGGUGCCGCCUGGUUCGAGAGGGAUGAAGAAUUAAAUGACGAGUGGGUCAAGGAACACCAGCAAUUCUUACUUGAGGAGCAGCGUACAAAGAUCACCAAGAAAUUUGAGAAGGACAACGAAAAGCGCAAGGCGGACAAGGAGAAGCCUCUUCCCGAGAAGGAGCUGAAAGAACGUCUUCAGGCUGUUAAGGAGAUGGAGGCCAAGUUCAAGAAGGAGAACAAGACCAAGAAGGUUGAGGCUGAAGGCAGAGGCGUUACUGUCGACAAGCUUCUAAAGGCUGUGGACAAGUUUGAUGAACGCAUCAAGACGCUGGAGCUUCAGGCCCAGGAUCGUGAUGGCAACAAGGAGGUAGCCCUCGGCACCUCAAAGAUCAACUACAUUGAUCCUCGCCUUACAGUGGUCUUCUCCAAGAAGUUCGACGUUCCUAUCGAAAAGUUCUUUUCCAAGACUCUUCGUGACAAGUUCCGAUGGGCCAUCAAGUCUGUUGAGGAUGAGGAUGACUGGACCUUCUAA